GAGUGCGAAAAUAAAUGUAUCUAUGCUCUAAUUUGAAGGAUUUAAUAGUUGCUUGUUUGUGGCUGCUCCAUUUUGUUUUCAGCGAUUGUUGCUUUGUAGUGUUGCUGCAUUUUUGCUUCUCUCCAUCUGUACGUUGAUACAAUUACAACAUUUUUUGCUUACUGUUUUUCAAAGUACUUCGCAGAUUGAACCAAUGCUAGGACACAUGCUGUUCGCUGUACAUUGCAAAUAUCAAGGCAUGGGGUCCCUGCUUCACCUUCAUACUCUGAAGCACCCCCAUUCAUUUGAAGCUAGAACCUUUCACACCAGCUUUCAUGCAUUACCCAUCUUCAGAAGCCGGAAGCAGAGACCGGGUUUGGUGGUUGCAGAAAAAACCAACAACAAUGGAGAAAAUGCAGGAAAACAGCAAGGAACUAACAACACCACUUCUAAGCCUAGGAGGGAAAAUGGAUUCUGGUCUAAACUAAGAAGGGGACAGGUAACAUCGGCACAAAGUAAAGAGGAAAAAGAUCAAACGUCAAAUGCAUUCUGGGACUCUUUUGCAUCAGGGAAUGGCGGGGAUUUGGAGCCGAUAGAACCAAUAAAGAUUGGCCUGACUGAUUUGCUGGACCCUGACCCUGAGAAUAUGUUGACUGUGGGCUUGAUUGGGCUUCUUGCUUGGGCAACUGCCCAUAUAUGUUGGCAGCUCUUCUUUGUAUCUCUGGCAAUUGCUGUUGCCGCGCUUAAGUAUUCUUUCAUUGCUGCCGUUCUGCUUUUUAUUCUUGUUACCUUGCUCUAACUAGUUGACGAUCCUAACUAUAUGGCGUAAAAAACAACUCGGUACUUGUGAAGACAGGUCUCUAACGACAGAUCAAUUUAAAGCUUCCAGUGAGAUACCCAAUUAUGGUUUAUUAAUGAAAGGGUCCAGCUGAGGUUAACAAAUUAGCCGCUUUCUUUGAAAUUUCUUCUGAUAUUUUCACACGUUUGCCAAUGACAUAGACAUCUGGCAUCGGGGAGAAUGAAGCAGAUCCUUAUAUGACAAAUAAUAAAGUAUUUGCUGUGGGAUCAUUCAUUUCAUACUAUGUUGUUGAAGUUUAUCUGUACUUUUGCGCUGAUAACCUCUGAAUGAAUUAGAAAAUGAUCAAGAAAAUGAAGGUUAUUUUGGGUGAAAUCAUAAUUUAAAAAAAAAAGUUCUUGG